UGAUGCACAGGGAAGCCCAUGUGUGCGAUUCCACCCCACAUGGCGGUGCUCGUGAAGAGGCUGCUGCAGCCCGGGAGGCACCUGGCGGCCUUGGGCCGCCCCUUGGGACGGCGCGAGGCCAGCCUGAGCAGCGAUCCCGGGGCUGCGGUGCGAGUGCGAUUCGCCCCCAGCCCCACAGGCUUCUUGCACCUGGGCGGCCUCCGCACUGCCCUAUAUAACUACAUCUUUGCCAAGAAGCACGGAGGGAGCUUCAUCCUGAGGCUGGAAGACACGGAUCAGACCCGCCUUGUGCCCGGGGCAGCAGAGAAUAUCGAGGCCAUGCUGGAAUGGGCAGGGAUCCCCCCUGAUGAGAGCCCCCGCCGGGGAGGUCCUGCUGGGCCCUACCUGCAAUCUCAGCGGCUCGCACUGUAUGCCCAGGCCACCAAAGCUCUGCUGAAGAGUGGCGCUGCCUACCCGUGUUUCUGCUCACCCCAGCGGCUGGAGCUGCUGAAGAGGGAGGCCCUGAGGAACCAUCAGACGCCCCGGUAUGACAACCGGUGCCGGACUCUGAGCCAGGCCCAGGUGGCCCAGAAGCUGGCCAAGGAGCCCACGCCCGCCAUCCGCUUCCGCCUGGAGGGGGAGGCGCCAGCCUUCCAGGACUUGGUUUAUGGCUGGAAUCGGCACGAAGUGGCCAGCGUGGAGGGGGACCCGGUCAUCCUGAAGAGCGAUGGCUUCCCCACGUACCACCUGGCCUGCGUGGUGGACGACCAUCACAUGGGCGUCAGCCACGUGCUGCGGGGCUCCGAGUGGCUGGUCUCCACCUCCAAGCACCUGCUCCUCUACCAGGCCCUGGGCUGGCAGCCCCCACGCUUUGCCCACCUGCCCCUGCUCCUCAACAAGGAUGGCAGCAAGCUGUCCAAGAGGCAAGGGGACAUCUUCCUGGAGCAUUUCGCCGCCUCUGGCUUCCUGCCCGAUGCCCUGCUCGACAUCAUCACCAACUGCGGCUCAGGGUUUGCAGAGAACCAGAUGGGCAGGACCUUGCCGGAGCUGAUCACACAGUUCGACCUGACCCGGAUCACCUGCCACUCAGCCCUGCUGGACCUGGAGAAGCUCCCAGAAUUCAACAGGCUGCACCUCCGUCGGCUGGUGAGCAACGAGACCGAGAGACGCCAGCUGGUGGGGAAGCUGCAGGCCCUUGUGGAGGAGGCGUUUGGGAGCCAGCUACAAGACAGACAUGUCCUGGACCCAGCCUACGUGGAGAGGAUCGUACUGCUGAGACAGGGUCACAUUAGCCGCCUGCAGGAUUUGGUCUCCCCAGUGCACUCCUACCUGUGGACCCGGCCUGCUGUGGGUCGAGCGCAGCUGGGUGCCAUCUCGGAGAAGGUGGAAGUCAUUGCCAAGCGUGUGCUGGGGCUUUUAGAAGGACCUGGUACGAACUUAACGCAGGACGUGCUGAACAGAGAACUGAAAAAGCUGUCUGAAGGUCUAGAAGGCACCAAACACAGUCACGUGAUGAAGCUCCUGCGAAUGGCUCUCAGUGGACAGCUGCAAGGACCCCCUGUAGCGGAGAUGAUGGUAUCCUUGGGACCAGAAGAGGUGCGAGAACGAAUACAGAAGGUGCUGACCACCUAGAGAGGAGGCGUGCAGGAAGCGGAGGUGGCUGCAGGAACCGGUCCUCCCAAGAACUGCCCUCGGAGGGGAGUUGCCGGAGGCCUGGGGCCCAUCUGAAGCUCACAGAAGGAGCCAGGAGUGGAAAGGCCCUCUGGGUGCACACAGGUCUUUUUUGGCUCCAUGGCAGGCCCGUUCUCAUCAGCUGGCCGAGGACACCCAGCCCCUCUCACCUCCCUGACCCUGGCAAGGGAGGCCCCAUGUGUGGUUCUGACACCACCGUACACAACAGAGGUGAGGAGCUGGUUCACAGAACUGCCCAGAGGGCUCGUGUUUUAUUUUUCUGUUUAUUUUUUUAUUCUUUCUUUGGCCGUACCCACAGUCUGGGGAACUUCCCAGGCCGGGGACUGAACCCAUGCCACAAUUGCAGCCUGUGCCACAGCUGAGGCAGCACCAGAUCCCAAACCCGCUGCGCCACAAGGAAACUUGCAAAUUAUUCACUUAUUUAUUUUAGACUGCACCUGCAGCAUACGGAGGUUCCCAGGCCAGGGCUGGAACCCCCACCACAGCACCUGCCCAAGCUGCUACAGGGAUGGUGUUGGAUCCCUAACCUGCUGUGCCACAGGAGAACUCCUGAGAAGGCUCCUGUUUCCGUCGGCUCGGGAUGCCGUAACAAAAGACCACAGACUGCUGGCUUAUGGGACAGAAGGUUAUUCUCUCACCAUUCUGGAGGCUGAAAGUCCUCAAUGGAGUUGCUGGCAGGUUCUAUGUCCCCUGAGGCCUCUCUCCUUGGCUUGCAGAUGCUGCUUUUUCACGCUCACACGUGCUCUUCCCUCCGUGUGUGCACGUGGUCCCUCCCUGUCCUCUCACGAGGACGCCAGUCUGGGACGAAGGGCCAACCUAACAGCCCCGUUGAACUUCAUCCCCUCUUUAAAGGCCCUUUCUGGGCGUUCUCGUGGCGCCGAGGGUUAAGGAUCUGGCGUCAGGACAGCAGCUUGGGUCACUUCUGUGGCCUGGGUUCGAUGCCUGGCCUAGGGAUUUCCACAUGGCCACAGGUACAGCCCCCCCCCCCAAAAAAAGAAAGAAAUGUAAAUGAAGGCUUGUCUGCAAAUGCAAUCCCAUUCCGAGAUUGAACCGUGAGGGGGCAUAACUCAGCCCCUACAAAACAGCUGGGCAGCAGCCUCAUGGACUCAUGGAUCCCAGUUCUCAGGCCCCAGGUUGACUUUGGCUCAGUAAUUAACAAGCAGACCAAACUGGCUGUUGGUCUGUCGUUGGGGUUUAUAAGGGAAGGACCUGCUCACCUGCCCAGCGGGAAUACUUACGUUGUGUCCUGCUCUCUGUCCUUGGACGUGGGGCAGCCUGUGUCUCUCCUGCCUAAAGGUGGUCUCUUCCCCUUUUCUAGUUCCCCAGACCUGGUCUCUGGACUGGAGACCUUCAGCCCAUCUAUUUUGCAUCUUUUUCUUCCUAUCCACCUCCUCCUUCCACCCCAUUAUUUGUAAGUCACUGUCUGCACGUUUCUGAAAUGACAUUUCGUCUUAGGGUGAGUAGGAGUCACUAAAGUGAAAGAAGGAUGGCGGCUGGCCUCAAAGACCCCCACCAGGGCUUCUAGGCUUCCUCUCUGUGCCCCCACCCCAGUCAUCACUGCCACCUGGCAUUCACACCAAGUAGGGCCGACUUGUGUGUGAUGCUUCUCGGAUCCCUUGCUGUGCGAGAAGCCAGUUUCUACAUCAUGAAGACUUCCAGGUGGCCUCAGGUGGAGAGUUCCAUGUGACAAGGAACGGAGGCAUCUCCUGACAGCAGCCAUGGGAGUGGGCCAUCGUAGAAGUCAGUCUUCCAACCCCAGUCAAGCCUUCAGAUGACUGCAACCUUGAAAGAUCCUGAGCCAGAACCACGAAGCAAAGUUUCCCCAAAUUUCAGACACACAUAAAAUAUGAGAUAAUAAACGUUAAUUGUUUACAGCCA